CUUUCUCUUGCAUAAAUAAAGAAGGGUUUUUUUUUUUUUUGUUAUCCAACUUCAUGAUCUCUUCCACGUAACUCAUCAAGUGUUCUUUAGUCAUGAGUUUCCUCAAUCUAAACCUACCCGAAAACGAUAUCUCCUCCUCUUCAUCAUCUUCAUCCACUCUAACCAUCUCUCACCAGCGAGUUUUCUCCUGCCAUUACUGCAGAAGAAAAUUCUACAGCUCACAAGCCCUUGGAGGACACCAAAAUGCUCAUAGAAUCGAAAGGAACAUAGCAAAGAAGAGUCGUACUGAAUUAACCUCAGCUGUAAUACCUCGUACUGGGUACACCCAGCCCACAUCAAGGUCUGGUUCUAGUGUUCUAAACAGUAGGGAUGUUCAGCCACCAGUCAUGAUCGGGCUCAACCAUCAAGCAGAAAAUGUUGGAUGGUUCGCUGCUAGUGAAAUGGGUAGAGGAGUUGACUAUAGUUACAAAAGUGAAAGUGUUGAAGAUGACUUUAAUCAGCUUGACUUGUCUUUAAGACUUUGAGCUGCCUAGUUUUUAGUACUACGUACGUUUCAGAUUAUUAACUCGUCAUUUUGAACUGACUUGUAUCCUCAAUGCAUUUUCGUAAACGUUCUUGUAAGUGAUUGGGACUUUCUUAAUAUGAGCACUAAG